AUGAAGUUUAUUCUUGAAUUGAUAAGAUCAGAUCAUGAGGAACUUGAACAUCUGGAGAAGGUUGUGAGUAUUUUACUUAAUGAUAGGAAAAAGGCCACAGGACCUAAACUUGUAACAAUUGAACUCGCAAUUGAUUCCCUAGUUAAAGAAUCACAAAAUAUCGCAAAACAAUGUAUAGAAUUUUAUAAAGAUGCUGAUGGGCUUAGAAAAAAAGAAAUUAAAUACCUGGCAGGUUUGUUCAUAUUUGGACAAGAUGAAGAUGAUAAGGAUGAAUCAAAAGUAUGGUCGAAUUAUUACGCUACAAUCAAGAACGUGAAGGAUUUCUAUAAGCAAAAUAGUCGUUAUAACAAAACUGUUGAGAAUCGGAAUGUACAGGAAACUGUUAAAAGAACACUCAACGGUAUAAAUCUCGACUCCAUUUUCAGUCCCGAUGAGAACUACGGACUCUGCCUUAACCUACAAGACCAUUAUCAUACUUUUAUUAAUUUACAACCUUUAAGGAAUUUUAGAAUUAAUACUCAUAGACAAAAAGAGGUAUCCGUAACGGUGUUGAGACUUCGUAACUUGGGAUUAACAGAUGAAAAUAUGCUGGAAUCGCACAUGACUCCGUUUUCCGAAAUGGAUUACGUGGCAUAUAUUAAUUCGUUCGACCAGUUCCACCUGAUCCCACGUUACUGUAAAUAUAGAAACGCGCCGUACGUAGGAUACUUGACAGCGCUGUCAGAGUAUUUAGAGGACUUCUUCAAGCGUCAGAACCCAUUAAGCAACCACGAAUUACUUAAGAAGCAAAUGGAAGAAUCAUUUGAGUCGGCAUGGAAUGGUGGGAAUCUUCAGUACUGGAGAGACCCGACGGAAUUGCUACCACUGUAUCUGGCACCAGUAGACAAAUUAUUCGGCUCCGAAGGUUUACUAAACUCUUUUAAAAACGGGAAAAAAUACAAGUCAAUAAUGGAAAUGUAUAGCGGGAAAAGUAGUGAUGAGUUGGAGUUGUUGUCAUUUGAGAGUAGAAAUCAUGACAAGAUGAUCGCCUUUAAGGAGUUUAUAAUACAAUCGUACCGUGACGUUCUGGCAUCAACAAUCCAGAAAACUGUUGAAUUUGUACAAAAACGUGAGUCGAGGACUGUUAAGGAGUUGGAAAACUCGCAAACCUUGGCACAAGAGAUAUUAGACGCUCUGGAAACUAACGUGGUUGAAUCUGAUAGUGAAGUGGAAGAGGAUGAAAAGCCAGUGUAUAACCCAUUAAAUCUACCACUGGGAUGGGAUGGAAAACCAAUACCAUUUUGGCUGUAUAAAUUACACGGACUUGGGCAAGAAUUCAAGUGUGAAAUCUGCGGUGGAUCGUCAUAUUGGGGACGCAAAGCAUUUGAGAAUCAUUUCCAAGAAUUCAGACAUUCGUUCGGAAUGAAAGUUCUAGGCAUUCCAAAUACUCCACAUUUCAAAGAAAUAACGAAUAUACAAGAGGCGUUAGAUUUAUACAAGAAGUUGAAUAAUGAGGCGGCGGAGAAGACGUUUAAAAUAUUCUCAGAGGCUGAAUGUGAAGAUAAUGAGGGUAAUCUGGUCACACUAGAAGAUUACGGAAGAUUAAAACGAGAGAGUGGAACUGAGUAUGAAUGGGAACAGUCAUUUGAUGAUUUAAUUCUCUACGUCAAAGUCGACCCAAAGACUAACAAAAAUGAUAUUUCCGUACAAUUUAAUACAAAUUCUAUCAAUAUUCAAAUUCUCAACUUCCAAUACACAAAUACACAAAUUAAUAAUAUAAAUACACAAUUUAAUAAUAUAAAUACAGAAAUUAAUAAUAUAAAUAAAGAAAUUAAUAAUUUUAGUGUAAAAAAAUGUGUUAAAGAGAAUUAUGAAGAGAAUGUGAAGAAAUUGUAUGGAGAAUUGUAUUCACUAAUAGUAGUAAAUGAGUCAUUUUGGAUAUUAGGAGAUUCUGAGUUGGAAGUCCACUUAUCGAAAGCUAAACCAGGAGAGGUUUGGCAGAGUUUGAUUAAAGGCGACGAGGCUUUAUCAGAUUUCGCACACAGAGAUGAAAAGAAACGCCUACUGCUCGAAAGGUUCCAAAAAGAACACCCAAGAUUCGAUUUCAGUGACGCUCAGUUAAAUGGAAACGUACCAGAACCAAGAACAUUCAUGAGAUGA